AUGGAUUUCUUAGAAAAUUAAUUAAAAAAAUUUACAAGUAUUCUUGGCUACAUUUAUUAUUAGGUAAUAUUAUCAAAUAUCUUUUUAAAGGAAGUUCAUAUGGCAUGGCCUUUUGUUAAAUAUUAUUGUGUUUAAAUUGUGUUUACAUAUAUGACUUACUCAUUAUAAUAAUAAUACAUAUGGAUUAGUAAGAUAAUUUAAUUAUUUAGUUAUGAUGAAAUUCAAGAAAAGGAGAGAAACAGGUAUUUAAGUAUUAGCUAAUCACAGUAUUUUACUAAAGGUAUUAACUAAAAUUUUUGAAGCUAAUGUUUUAAUAGUUUAAUAGAAAAAGUAACAAUAUACUAGAUGUAGAAUUAUAAAUAAUGUAUUGAUUAUUAUAAUAAAGUUAUUAAUAUUCCAAAGGAUCAUGCAUUUGCUUAUUUUAAUAAAGGUAUUGGAUAUGCUUAUUUAAGGAAUCACUUUAUCAAAAUUAUAGAAUUUUAAAGAUGCCCUUAUAAAUUAUAAAAAAGCUUUAAAUAUAAUUUCAUAAAGUGAUGAAAUAUGUUUAUAUAAAGGUAAUUAAUUGAACUUAAAAUAAUAAUAUGCUUGAUUAUUAAUAAAAUUUCAAGUAUUAUAAAAUUAAUUGAAACGUUUUGAAGAAGCCAUAGAAUUUUAUGAUAGGAAAAUAGAAAUCAACUUUAAUAUUGAUCAGACAUACUAUAAUAAAGGUAAUCUAAAUAAUAAUAUUAUUGAUUAGCUUGAAAGUUAUUUAGAAGCUGUAGAAUCAUGUAAUAAAGCAAUCAAUAUUAAUUCUAAUAAUCAAAAUUACUAUAAUAGUCGAGGUUAUUAUUUUUAUGAUGAAUUUUAGAUUAGCAUUAAUUAUAUAAAAGAUAUUUUUCGUUUUACAUAAUCUUAAAUAAGCUAUAAAAGCUUAUGA